CUUUUUUAAAUCACAAAGCCAGAGGCAGUGGAUACCUUGCCGAAAUUAGUCUUACAAUUUUCUAAAAAAGACAACAGCAAAAACAUGUACACACAGAUAAAAAGCCCAUUUUUCAAGAUCCUAUAAUCCUUGGUUGUUUCUUACGUGUGCAUACUAUAAAUAAACAGAUGAAUGCAAACAAGAGCAAUGCACUACACUUCUAGACCCCUUAUCUCUAAGAGAUGGCUGAAGGUAGGAACCAAAGUAACAUUGUGAUGUUUCCAUUUAUGGCUCAAGGCCAUCUCAUUCCUUUCUUGGCACUUGCACGGCAAUUAGAGCUAAGGAAGGGUUAUACAAUCACCAUUGUCAAUACACCUUUAAACAUCCAAAGGCUCAGAUCCUCACUCCCUCCUGAAACAUGCAUACGCCUUGCUGAAAUCCCCUUUUGUGCCACCGACUAUGGCCUUCCACCUGACUCAGAAAACACAUAUAUGUUGUCUGAUGUUGAUGGUUUUUGCCUCUUGGAGGCCUCAGAAAAUCUUGAAUCACCCCUUAAGAACCUCCUUAUGGAAAUCACUGAACGUGAUGGCUAUGCACCAGUGUGCAUUAUCUCAGAUAUGUUCUUGGGGUGGACGGUUAAAGUUGCAAAUGAGCUUGGGAUAUUUCAUUCAGUGUUCAUAGCAGGGGUUGGCUACAGCAUGGCAAUUUACUUUUCCAUUUCUCUGAACACAUCCUUGUGGCAAACAAAUGACGAGGAAUUUUCACUGCCUGAUUUCCCUGAAGCAUCCAAAAUUCAUCGGGCACGAACUCCCAAUGAUCUCAAAUACAUGGAUGCUGCUGAGGCCUGGUUUGGUUUCCGUAAGCGUCAGUUCAUGUAUUGCUUACAUUCAGACGCAAUCUUAUUGAAUACCAUAGAGGGGUUGGGACAAAAUGGUGUAAAAUAUUUUAGCAGGAAAACAGGGGGAAAGCCAGUGUGGACAAUCGGACCAGUCUCGACUCUCAUGAUAAAAAAUGAAAGACUCUCGAGCAAUGCUAAUAGUUACUCUGAAUGGCUCAAUACUCAUCCACCUGCUUCAGUACUCUAUGUCUACUUUGGAUCACAGAGCAGUGUUUGUUUUGAGCUACGAGAAGGGAACACUUCUGAAGUUAUAAGACAUGAUCAUAUUGCAAGUGUCAUCAAGAUGGUGAUGGACAAGACAGGAAAAGGUGAGGAGCUGAGAAGUAAGGCCCAUGCAAUCAGAGAAAAGAUGGAAGAGGCAAUUAGAGAGGGAGAAGGCUUUAAAGGAUCAGCUGUCAAAGCUAUGGAUGAAUUUAUCAGCACUGCCACGUCAGCGAAAGAAGUUUCUUACCCUCCAUGGAAGUAG